AUGGCCCGUGAAAGCAGUGCGGGAUUUGAUAGACACAUAACUAUCUUUUCACCUGAAGGUCGAUUAUACCAAGUCGAAUAUGCAUUAAAGGCAAUUAACCAAGGUGGUCUUACGUCGGUGGCUCUACGAGGAGCCGAUAGUGCAGUGGUAGCUGCUCAACGGAAGGUUCCAGACCGCCUUUUAGACCCUGCUUCAGUUACACAUCUUUUCCGUCUGACAGAUCGUAUAGGAUGUGUGAUGACAGGCAUGACUGCGGACAGCAGAUCUCAAGUGCAAAGGGCACGCUAUGAAGCGGCUAACUGGACAUACAAGUAUGGCUCAGAGAUACCUGUUCAUAUCCUUUGCCGUCGCAUUGCUGACAUCUCUCAAGUAUAUACACAAAAUGCAGAAAUGCGUCCACUUGGCUGCAGCAUGAUGCUGGUGGCGUACGACGCGGAGUCGGGCGCCAGCGUGUACAAGACGGACCCUUCGGGCUACUACUGCUCGUACGCGGCGGCGGCGGCGGGCGCGAAGGCCACGGACGCCAACGCCUACCUGGAGAAGAAGCUGAAGAAGCGCGCUGCGCUGUCCGCCGACGACGCUGUGCAGCUCGCCAUCUCCUGCCUGUCGCAGGUGCUCUCUGUGGACUUCAAGUCCUCCGAGAUAGAGGUGGGCCUGGUCUCCAAACAGGACCCCUACUUCAAGGUUUUGACUGAGACUGAGAUCGACAGACACCUUACUGCUAUUGCUGAAAAGGAU